CUGUCAAGCAAACUGUUGGACAGUUAUUCAUCCACCAGACAGGCACAACAGGCAUUCCUUGUAUUAAUAGAGUGAUGCUGAUCACAGUGGAAAUCUGCAGUUGUGUGGAAAGGUGCAGCACCACGCUCAUGAAGUCGCUCGCUCCUCCUAAGCGCUGAGCCUUGGCCGGAAAUGACCGUAUGUCAGUGACGGAAGAAGAAAAUGGAGGCGGCAGUGUUCAUUCUCUCGCUGGUGGACUGCUGCGCACUGAUUUUUCUCUCCGUUUACUUCAUUAUCACCCUAUCUGAUCUAGAAUGUGACUACAUCAACGCCAGAGCGUGCUGCUCCAAGCUGAACAAAUGGGUAAUCCCAGAGAUGAUAGGCCAGUGUCUCUCCACUGUGCUCAUGUUAGUCUCCAUGCACUGGUUCAUCUUCCUCCUCAACCUGCCUGUAGCAGCCUGGAACAUUUACAGGCACUUGAAGGUUCCGAUGGGAAACAUGGGCGUGUUUGACCCGACUGAGAUCCACAACCGUGGUCAGCUCAAGUCCCACAUGAAGGAGGCCAUGAUCAAACUGGGUUACCACCUGCUCUGCUUUUUCAUUUAUCUGUACAGCAUGAUCUUGGCUCUGAUCAACGACUGAAGCGCCUGACAUCUCUCUCCAACAUCAUCCAAAAAUCAUCAAAUUCCAAUCUCCAGGGUUUUCUGUUUCCUCCUCACUCACUGCUCCUCUACUGUGUAUGCGUCAACUCUGUCAGAACAGCGGGAAGAACAAGUUCACUCUCACAUUUGCUCGCAUCUGUUGUUUCUUAUGUCACAGUCUCAGUGUUAUACCUUUUGAUAUGACGCUAGGUUGAUACUUACGCAUUUAAUACUCGUGACAAACGCAUGUUGUGACGGCAGCCGUCUCUGCACAAAGACCUGUUAGACUGCUGUGUUCACAGAAGACGUCCUGCAGCAGUCUAGGGCCGCAACGAUUAUUCCAUUCCUCGAUUUUUAUUUGAUUACUUUUAAUUAAUCGCCAACUGUUUUGAUAAUUGAGAAGGUUUUCUCAUUCUUCAUCUUCUUAAAUGUGAAUACGUCUGGUUUCUUUGCUCCAUAUAUAACAAAGAAACCAUUAAAACUGAAUCAUUUUGGCUUGUUAGCAAAAACAAGACAUUCAAGAACGUCGUAAUUUCCACACACUGAUCUACAUUUUCGGACAUUUUAUGGACCAAAUGUGUACAGAUUAAUUGAUUAUGAAAAUAAUCGUUAUUUGCAGCCCUACUGUAUUUUUAUGUUACUUUGAGAGUGCAAUAUUUUCUCAGGUGGUACUUGGUCUAAAGCAUUUACUUGACAAUGAGGGUUUAUGGAUCUCUGAGUGUCAGAUCAGUUCGUCCCUAUGCUACACCCUCUUUGCCAUUGCACUCAGCACAGCUCUUGCCUUGUGUAGGUAGGCUUCGUCUUAAGUUUGCAUUUGCGUUGGUUACAAACACUGAAACACAUCUUAUUUGUUGGGAAAUCUGUCCUGAUAGCCUUCAAUAAAUAAAUAAACUUACUGGGUGGGGGGAGAUAAGAGAAAAAGCCACAUUUAUUGGCUUAUGAACCUGUCACUUAAUGAUCUGCGUGGUUCAUGAUUCAGACAUCAUGUUGGCAUCCUAUUGUGUUCCAUUCGGCUUCAUGCUACGGAAGAGGUUUAGGGCCACAUGUAAAAAACAAGGCAAUUGGGGAUGACAGAUUCCACCCCAUUCAUGCAACAAGCCUCUGUUGGCCUAUAUGUGUAACAGACUCUGUGGCGCAACAGUUGAGCGCCUGACUCCAGAUCAGAAGGUUGCAUGUUGAAAUCCACGUCAGGGUCGAAAUUCUUGAGCCUCAUACAGCAAGAGCCGACACACGCACAGAGCCACCAAAAACAUUACUUCACUCCCACUCAGUGGGCUGAAGUAAAUAAACAGCUUGAAUUCUUAGAUUAAAGUCAGAAUUAUUUAAUCUCAGAAUUCUGUGUUUUCCAAAAAAAACUCACAAUUGGCCCCAAUCCUCUUCUGUACCAGACAAUGAGAGUUUUGACAGCACAGAGCGAGAUACAGACUCAAACUACAACGCUGCUGUAUUUUCCCCUACAGACAACUUUAUUGAUUUUUAAUCUGGAUGUGAAGACGAGUUUCAGCAAAUCCCAUAUUCAUAUGUUUCAGAGACAAAUGCGGGACUAGUGCUAUAACUUUGGUUGAUGUGUCACUCUCUUUUUUCUUUUUAAUUUCAACACUGUUGUCGCUCAUUUAUUUUCCUCAUAUCCCCACACUCUUGACUAUAAUGGAGGACGCCUAAAACCUUUACAAGAAACGUGGUCAAACUAUCAAAAGUUUUCACGCACGUUAGAGAUUAGCGUGGGAAUCUCUGGAGCUGAUCUUAAUGCUCUGUGUGAAUUUUUGGUGCCUUGUGAUCCCGUGUUUGUGAAGCAUGGGAAGUUGUAAAGACGAUAUACUUUCUUUUUACGUUCAGAUAGUGAAGUCGUGAGUGUGUUGCUCUUGUGCUACAAAAGGACGCAGACGUUUAAUGCAAGGAAUGGUGGGGGGGCAAAAUGUACAAUAUAGGAGGACAGUUCAGUUUUUUCUUUUUCAUUUUAAGUAGGGAUGAUAUAAGGUACUUGAUGUGGGUCUUUCUUUACAAGGCUAUAAUCACAUUUUCUCUGCUGUUCCCAUUCAUAUCAAAACAAAGUAGAAAUUUUGUUCUGUUCUACAACAUUUCAGUCUGUAUAACCCUGACUCUACAGUACCUUAUACAUCCUCACUUCAAGAAUCCUCAACUACCCCUUUACCAUUCUUCUGCAAAAACAAACUGUACAUGUGUGAUGUAAAUGUAGUCUUAAGGCACCAGCCGUCACAGUAUUGGUGACAGUUGGGAGUGAACCUCCGUCAUGUACCGCUGUAGUAUUUCCACUGACAGACAGUGUGAGCAGGUGUGCUCCUCACUGGGAUGAUGAUGAUGGGUGUGUGUGCACUCCUCUUUUAGAAUCAUGGCUGCUUUGGCUGCAUUGACAGUCACAUCAUGUAAAAAAAUGCUGGUGAAAGAGUUUGUGUUUUUUUUUGGAGGGAAAAAUGUGUUUGAUAAAUAAACAUUAAAGACAAGUGGUGAACUA